ACAUGAACAAUCAAUUGAAUCAAUUAAGUGAUUAACUUUCCUUGAUACACUGUCAAACUUCUGCUCUAUACAUAGCAAAAUUUUGCAUACUUACUGGCAAAAGAACGUUAUUCAUCACAAAUUUUCGUUGAGGCGUUGAAAAUCCCACAAAAUUUCCCCUAUUGUUCAACCGAAAUAUCACUCGAGCCGCAUUGAAUUUUCUCUCAAAUUUUUCCACAACUUUUCGAUGAAAAUUGACAAAGAGAAAAAAACAAAUUUCUGCAUUUCAAUUGCAUUACUUUUGCACUGUACCAUAUACUUGAAUACUUGCCCUUGGACAUUAUCUGUGCCUCAAGGCUCAUGUUUUUCCUUGAGCCAUGCUUGGUCCGUUGGACGAAAACCACCAAAAUACACUUGACUCUGAUUACCCGUAAAUCGUAUAAAUAAAAUUUUUAUUCGAUCUGGAAUAAACACAACAAAUGAUACACUUAAACACUAGCAACUAACUGAAAAUAAAGGGCCUUAAGACAUCGUAUGAACCAAGAAACCUGAACAGAUUUUACUGAGUAAACCAUGCGGUAUUACACAAUUGUUAAUCACAUGCACGCGAUUACCGAAAUUACACUACCAGAAGUCAAAGGAAACAACUUAAAGAAACAAAGCCUUAGAAAACGGAAAAAACCAACUUAAACUGACUCACUUGGUGACGGGAUUCUAGAGUCUAAUUAAACUGUAAACAACCUUUAAGACGGGAAGCUAUCCAUUCCGACACAUGUAAAACUAACUUAAAACAAUUCCUACAUCAAGCUGCUCAAAUUGCAAUGUCAAUCAAUGUAAUCAUGUUUGAUAAAAAGUGUAAUAUUGAACUAUUAAAAUCAAUAACAAAAUGUCACACGAAAUGUCACGCAAAACACUGUUCUUCAAUGAAACAAUGCUUUUGAAAAACUGUUUGGUUCUCAGAACAGAUCUAUACAACAUCUGUACACAAAGAUCUCAACAUAUUUUCAGACCAAAUGAAGGUUAUUACUUAUUUGACUUAUCUUUCAGGAAAAUGGGUGGAAAAUUUAUAUACUGAUACUUUGAAGAAUUUAAUCCUCAUGGAUACAGCUGUCAAACUACUGAAAGACGCUACAGCUGCAACAUGCACUAUGACUUCUGCAGAAGUUAAAUCCCUUGCGUGUAGUAUGACCACAACCCUAGACUUGUGCCAGAAUGUUACCACAAAUAUCAGUUCUUCCUUGAGAGAACACAAGCUGUUGUGGGAACAGAUUGCUGUCCCAAGAAGAAAUCCAGAUACAAUUCAGCUGGAAACAUGAAAUUUCUAUGAGGGACCACAAUAUUGAACAGCAAAUGACCAAAGCCUAGCAGUAAA